GGGGCUAGAGUAAAUCCAGGGCUUAGAGGGGGAGGAGGGGGGGCAGGAGGAGAAAAGGAUUACGCAGUCAUUGUUUUAUCAGAGAGAAGAAGAAGAAGCUGUCCGAAGUGUGUCUCCACUUCUUUAGAACGACGACAGGCAUGGUUCCAGAUGUGGAGAAAAUCAUUGAGAGCAUUAUCCAGGGAGACCAGGACACUGUCCAGCUCCUCCUGGACAACUACAACACCAAGUAUGCUGAGUGCUUCUUUUUCAACACUGAGGUGCAGGAGAGAAAAAAGCAACAACAACUGGAAGAGUUCAGGAAGAACAAAGUGAGAGACCACGCUCCCGACUCGGAUUCUGACAUUGACCCAGAUGAUGAUGAACCUGAUCUUCUUCUCCGACAGCGCCUGGCCACAGUCCUGCUGUGCUUCAUCAGUAGUCAGCUACAGCCAGCAGUGUUACGGGUUUGCCUGCAUACGCUGCGUAUCUUGUCCCGUGACCGACUGGCCCUAGGGCCCAUGGUCACUGACAGUGCCCUUUUCACCUUGGCACACCUGGGAGGCAUCAGCUUACUGCCGACAUGCCCACAGCAGGAGGAGGAGGAAAAAACGGAAGAUCUGUCAGCCAGAACACACAGCCAUAUCCACAGAAGAGCAGCGAGUGGCUGGGAGGCGGCUGCAGAUGCUGAUGCUACACCGUUAUCUGUAAGCUCUGUGCUUGCCUGCUGUGCUGCGGAGGUAGCUGGUGCUGCCACCACAAAUGGCUCAGUUCAGCACUACUGUAAGUGGACAGGUGAUGGAGGUCAUGUGGUGCUUGCCCGUGGGAAGAAGGACACCCGGGAAGAGGACAGUGAGGAGCAAGAGAAGGAGGAGGAUGGGGAGGUGUGUAGGAAGGAGGCCAUUAAAGUCUUGUGUAAUGUCAUCUACAACAGCCCCAGAGCACAGGAGAGGGCCAGCUCUCUAAGGCUUCUGCAAGGUCUGUGGGAGAGUCUGAAGCAGGGGAUCUGGAGCAGGGCACCGUCCAGCAGCCAGUUUUACAAGCUGAGACUGCUCUUCUUACUUACGGCUCUGAGGCCUGAGCUCAGGCUGCAGCUACAGCAGGAGCGUGGAGUGUCAGUGCUGACCAAAGCCCUCCAGCAGUGCCUGGCUGUGAGGUGGGGUGAGGGAUAUGAGGUACUUAGUGACAGCACAGCUCCACCCAUCUCCAAGGAGACGUCCCAGGAGGUCAUCGAAAUCCUCAAGACACUCUUCAACAUCGCUCACACGUUCCAGAGGCAGGAGCCAGAUGAGGAGGAUGCUGCUCUGUAUCGCCACCUAGCAGCUGUGCUGCGACACUGCCUGCUGCAGUCAUGUGAUGGAGAAGACACUUUGGAGGAACUCCAAGGACAUACAGUUAACAUCCUGUCUGCACUACCGCUGACGUGUCUGGACGUCCUGUUAUCUGUCCAUGUGGACCAGGCAUUACACAAGUGGGAGGGAGUCAACAUGGACUGUGUCCACACGUUGCUGCUGUUUAUGGACAGACGGCUGAACAGGGGUCAGAAGCUGAAGGAGAAACUAAUCCCUGUUCUGAAUCUGCUGACUGAGAGUUCUCGAGUACACAGGGAGACGCGUCACUACUUACGGCAACUGAUCUUACCUCCACUGAGAGACGUUGCCAUCCGACCUGAGCAGGACACCACACUGAGAGGCCAGCUGGUCCGCCUCAUGACACACGUUGACACAGAUGUGAAGCAUUGUGCUGCUGAGCUGCUCUUUGUGCUCUGCAAAGAAAACGUCAGACGCUUUGUCAAAUAUACGGGUUAUGGCAACGCUGCCGGGCUGCUUGCAGCUCGGGGACUGCUGAACGGUCGAAGGAAUUCAGGCGACAGCCAAUAUGCUCCCCGGUACUCCAGCGACUCAGACUCGGACACGGAGGAGUACCGGGAGGCCAAAUCCAGGAUUAACCUGGUGACUGGCCGGGUGGAGGCAGAGCAGCCUGACCCAAUGGAAGGCAUGACAGAGGAAGAGAAGGAGGAGGAGGCCCGUCGCCUCAUUGGCAUGAUCAAUAGGCUAUCACGAGACCAGAUAAUUCAGCCACUGGGUGUGACAGCAGAGGGGAGACUGGCUCCACUCUGGGGCCAAAUGAGAGACUGCACACUGGAGGAAGAGGAAGAUUCAGAGGAGGAUCUGGAUCUGUUGCCAGAGGGGAGGAAAGACAAACAGAUGGAAUAGAAUGAUGUAAAGAGCGAGCAGUAGACUUACAGGACAGAGACACAGGCAGUCUUAUUUCACCACUUGUUUGUAGUGCACUUCCUUUUUACUGCUAUAUUCAUACAGCAACAGUGAAACACUGUUAAAGCAGAUGCUGGAGGCAUAACCAUCCUACAUAAAGUUCAAUUGUUUCAAAUAAACAUGUAAAUUGUGAACGGAUGGUCUGUACUUGUAUAGACCCCCCAUCCACACACAUUCAUACACUGAUGGCAGAGGCUGCCAUGAAAGGUGCCAACUGCUCAUCAGAAACAGAAACUAUACACACACACACACUGAUUAGUGGGCGACCCAGUCUACCUCCUGAGCCACAGCCGCCCUGUUACUAGAGUAUGAGCGGCCGUCCUGCACUGUUUGAAGUGUGUGCAACAGAGGUUUAAAUUACUUUGAGCUUUGAAUUCACUGUGCACUGACCUUUGAGAGAUCAGUCAAUGACUGCAGCCUGCUACAAAUACUUGGAUGUGUUUAAGAGUAACAGGUAUAUGAGUGUAAAUGGGAAGGUUCAUGUUAUUUAUGGUAUUUCUAGAGCAAAACGGCUGAGCACCUUUGUAUUUGUUAAUGUCUCACUGAAUGUGAAUUAUCAAAAAUAAAAGAAGUUGUAAGCUUUUAGAAUUUUGUGUAAUGCAAAAACAAAUAAAAACUAAAUGUUUUCUACUUCA